AUGUCUCUGAACCAUGAGAAGGUGGGAGUACUUGGUGCUGAUACUGUUGAGCCGAUGAGAUGUGAUGAAGGGACCACGUCUAAGGUUAAUGCUGACACUUGUUCAACGUCUCUGAACCAUGAGAUGGUGGGAGUAUUUGGUGCUGAUACUGUUGAGCCGAUGAGAUGUAAUGAAGGAACCACGUCUAAGUGUAUUGAUUAUCGGGGUUUGAACCGGGUCACUGUGAAGAACAAGUAUCCUCUUCCUAGGAUCGAUGAGUUGUUGGAUCAGUUGAGGGGUGCUACUUGGUUCUCCAAGGUAGAUCUGGCGUCGGGUUAUCAUCAGAUACCGAUAGAUGAGGCAGAUGUGAGGAAGACUGCUUUCAGGACGAGAUAUGGGCACUAUGAGUUUGUGGUGAUGCCCUUCGGAUUGACUAACGCGCCAGCAGCGUUUAUGAGAUUGAUGAACAGUGUGUUUCAGGAAUUUCUGGAUGUGUCUGUCAUCAUUUUCAUUGACGACAUCCUGGUUUAUUCUAAGAGUCCUGAGGAGCAUGCAGUGCAUUUGAGGGCAGUUAUGGAGAAGCUGCGGGAGCAGAAGUUGUUUGCCAAGUUGAGC